AUGUCAAGCAGCACAGCCACCGUCUUCAUGUCUCAGUCACAGAUGAACGUGCUAGACGACAAGGAGGUCAGCCGGAGGAUGGCAGAAAAAGCUGUGCAUGACCAAGCCUUCAAAGAUCAAUUACUGAUUUGUGUUAACCCACACACGCAACGCAAGGGCUAUCGAGCGAUCCUCAAAACCAUCAAGAAAUUCAGAGAGCAAAUAUUGGACGAGGCUGAGCUGAAAAUACCGGAGCCGGCGAAUGGAAAGCCACGAGAUGUUAAUACCUACCUCAAGAGAGCCACAAAACCACUAGUGUCACUGGGCAAGGCUAUCAAGCAGGAGGGAGAGGAGACCAAGGUGACUUCUGUGGAAGUCGAUGGGGUGGAGUGGGGCUGGGUGGGAACACCAAUGUGUAUUGCACGCUUGGCUGAGAUUUUCCUGCAGUCGACGCUCCGUUUCCAAGCCGAUCCUACUCCAUUUCCUUUCGAGCGCCUACCUCCCGAACUUCGUCUGCAGGUGUACCGCGAAGCCGUCGGCGGUGCUGCAUGUGGCCAGUUCUAUCAAAAAACUGUCAGCAGUGCUGUACGUCGCCGAGUCAACCCUGACGACACGAUUAUGGUCAUUCCGUUUCGUACCAAGAAAAAGGGUCUCCAGUUCUGGUUUGGGCAUCCUCCCAAGGGUGAAUCGAGGGAGAUCAAUCUCGGCAUUCUUGCCGCAAGCAGGCUGACACACGAUGAAGCUAUUGCCGUUCUGUACCAGUUCCGUAACUUUGACUUCGGACUCAGCAUCAACGGUGUCGUGCCAUUCCUUCGGAGUCUUUCACAGCACGCCCGGGAAAAUUUGAGUGGGAUUACCAUGGAUCUCCACGACAAAUGGGAGCCUCGCCUGCACAAGGGGCCAGACAACCAGGCAGACUGGAGCAGAGCUUGCAUCUACAUUGGGGAAAACGUGAACCUCAAGACAUUGUCCAUCUCCGUCAAUGUCAAAGUCGACGCGGGAUUCAGAGACCUCAAGUGGGUCAAAGAUCUGGUGAAGAUCAAGAAUCUUAGAUACUUGACGCUACAGGUAAUCCAGCACCACAGCAUCGGUCCAGUUCCGGUCAUAGCUAGCGACAAGGAUGGUUCGCUGUCAGCUACUGAGGAUAGUGUCAAUGAGCAUUUGGUACCCUUCUGGUGCUUUCUGCAUAAGAUCGAGUGGACCUUUCACGGAAUUGUGGGACAUACAGUCUGCACUGCAGCGGCAUUUGAGCCUGUCCACAAUCAGAUUCAGGCUUGGGCUGAAAAUUUAUCCUACUGUGGCCACCCGGAAUGGCAGGCGUCGCAGAUGGAUUGUGCCGCCGGCAGAGGUGGAGAGGUGGCUACGGAGAACAUAGCGAUGGAGGCAGAGCAAAAGGCCUUGAGUGCCAAAAUCAGGGCCGAGGAUGUUCAAACGCUGGUUGAGCUUGAUAGGAGAAGCAAUCCACCACUGUCACCGAGUCCAAAGCCAGAUAUCAAGCUGGAGGAUGACGAUGAAGCACAGAAAGAGGAAGACAACGUGACGGACUUCGAUGUGGACGUCGGCGGCGGCACUGAUGAUGCCUCGGAUAACGAGGCAUCAGAGAAGUUCACCAAGCCUGAACCCAGAACCAAACCCGAGCCUGAGUCAUCCCCGUUUUACGAGGAACCUGGCGCUCUCUCUGCCAAGGGGAUGACCCUGGAGGAUCUCGCCAUUCCUGUUGAGAACGAAGACAACGGGAGCAAGCUCGAAGAAACAGCAAAUGGAGGUCAAUGCGUAGUCCGUGAGAAUGUCAAAGAUAUCGAGGAGAGGGUCCUCGAAGAGAUGGGCUUGAAGCUGAAGAGGGGUCCGAAGCAGAAGCGGAGCCUGAAGGAUCGUGAAGGAUCGUGA